AUGAAGUCGAUUAUGGACAUGCCAGUUGAAGGAACUAAGCUGGCGCCCAAGCUAUUCAAAGGAGAGGCAUCUGAAGUCGAGCCAUUCUUGCGUAGAUAUGAGCGCUUGGCCACUUUGCACAACCUUACAGCCAAAGAACGGUGCGAAACAGUCACAGACUACUGUAGCCGUCAUGUACGAGAGACAAUUGAGGGCUUCAAGGCUUAUCACGAAAGCAACUGGGAUCAGCUGAAGGCAGAUAUUAGAAAGUAUUGGAAUGCAGACCUUGAAUCUAAGAGGUUCCGGGUCAAGGAUUUAGAGGUCUUUGUUGCAUACUCACAGCGCCACAACAUUACGGAAUUGCGACAGUGGCGGAAGUAUUUACGGAACUUUAUCCGUGUAGCAGGAUGGCUUCACAGCCAAGGCAAGCUAUCAGACUAUGACUAUGCAUAUCAUAUGUGGAUAGGACUCCACCCACGGUUCCGUACUAGGCUUGAGACCCGGAUUCUGCUUGAACAGCCCAACCAUGACAUGUCAGAGCCGUUCUCGCCUGAAAGCAUCACCAAGGCUGCUGAGGUCAUACUCAGUAUUCAACGCUUUGACACUGAAAGGCUAGGAUCUGACGAAGCUUAUACAUAUGACUCUGAGAAUGAGAAGGAGUUGAGGAAAGAUGAUGGUGAAAAGAAGCGGGCACGGAAGCCCAAGCACUCUCCAGUGUUUGAUGACAGCGACACAGAAGAAGAAGAUUCAGAUAACUACUCAAAGGUAUUCCGGUCUCCAUCACGGGAACUGUCAAAAGAGGAAACAGCAUCCUCAAAGAAAGAGCAGAAGGGAUUAUCCUCAGAUGAUGAGUUUGACAAACUUGUUGACCAGAUGCAGUCUUUGUCGCUUGAAGAUCCCAAAUAUGGAAUCCUGUUUCUCAAGGCAUGCAAGUUGAGGCCCAUGGCUGCAGAUUGCCUUCGGAGGCCAAUGAUAAAUGUCGGGAUUGUGCCUCAGAAUAUGAGUAGAGAUGCACCUCCACAUAUGAACCAGCCGAACCCAAAUAGGUUUCUGCCACGGCGUGGACCUCCAGCACCACCUGGAAAUGGAUGCUUUGGCUGCGGAGAAAUAGGACACAUCAUGAAUGACUGCCCAAAGAUUCAGGAGAUGCUCAACAAGCGCGUGGUUCUCAGAGACUAUAGAGGUAGGUUAACACACCCUGAUGGCGCAGUGUUGCGUCGUGGGCAUGAUGAAAAUUGGAUGCAGGCAAUA